AUGCGCAGCAAGUUCAAGGACGAGCACCCUUUCGAGAAGCGCAAGGCUGAGGCCGAGCGCAUUCGACAGAAGUAUGCGGACCGCAUCCCAGUCAUCUGCGAAAAGGUCGAGAAGAGCGACAUCGCCACCAUCGACAAGAAGAAGUACCUGGUGCCGUCCGACUUGACGGUUGGCCAGUUCGUCUACGUCAUCCGCAAGAGGAUCAAGCUGUCUCCCGAGAAGGCCAUCUUCAUCUUCGUCGAUGAAGUCCUCCCUCCGACAGCUGCCUUGAUGAGCAGCAUCUACGAGGAGCACAAGGACGAAGACGGGUUCCUCUACAUCACCUACUCGGGCGAGAACACGUUCGGCUCGGCUUAG